UUGUUUGUCGGCUUGGCAUGGAUUCUUAGAUUACCUAACUUUAACUUUUAGUGUCUUAAGAUAUAUGUAAAACAUAAAUUAUUUCUAUUUUUUAUUGUUUACGAAGUUGUUCCAUACGAAGAAGUUCAAGGUACAUGUGUAAUAAUAAACAUGAUGAUGUAAAUAAUAAAAAACUCGGGCAACCUUCGUACAAAGUCAUGGUAUAUGACCGUGACCACGAUAGCUUUGCAGUAGUCAUUAAAAAUGAAAUUUCAAUCAUAGCACCUGUCUGAUGACAUUUUGGAUGUAUUGGACUAGUGAGUAUAUAAGCGAAUCACACUAGUAAAAGUAAAUCAGAUGUUGGAGAGCAGUUUGCUCAACAUGAGUCGCUUUGUAAUAUUUAUAAUUAAUAUAGUAAUCUUUCAACUUGCUGUUUGUGAAGAAAUAAUUUACUACCCUUCGAAAUCAUCACUAAAAAUUUAUAAAUCUGAUAAAAGCCCACAUAAGAUAAAGUAUGCGACUGAAUCUUCUAAUGUUUCAAACUCUUCAAUUAUCAAUAAUUGGAGAUAUUUCGUUGAUAACGAUUUUGAAGUCAAAACUAAAACAAAAAAAAGGGCAGUUGACCCUAUUUUCCACGGUCACCCUAAAACCAGAGAAGAACUUUGGAAUGAACAUUUUAUUAAUAAAAGUAGUGCAUUCGAUCAAACGCCUUCCUUAAUAAAGUUGAUUCACAAUAUUACCUUGACCUAUCUUAAUGAUUGUACACCAGUAUUGCUUUACGAUAGCCAAGUACAAUCACGCGAGAGCUAUUUAUUCCAGGAUCUCCUUAAAGAUUUUCCUGUGUCAUGCGUUCAUGGGUACAUCAACGAUGAUAAUAAAUUGAAAGAACCCAAUCUUUUGAUUCCUGCUGAAGAGUGUCUUCAUUACAUAGUUUUUCUAUCAGAUGUAUCAAGUAGUGCUAAAGUACUCGGUAAACAGUCACAAAGCAAAGUUGUAGUGGUCGCCAGGUCAUCACAAUGGGCAGUUAAAGAAUUUUUGUCUGGUCCAUAUUCAAGAAUGUUCGUGAAUUUACUAGUGAUUGGACAAAGCUUUAAAGACGAUGACGACGAUACAUUAGAAGCGCCAUACAUUUUAUAUACUCAUAAAUUGUAUACUGAUGGACUGGGUGCUAGUAAGCCAAUUGUCCUGAGUUCCUGGGCACAUGGAAAGUUUUCAAGAGAUGUGAAUUUAUUUCCUCGCAAGUUGACCGAAGGUUAUGCUGGACACCGAUUUAUCGUUUCUGCGUCUAAUCAACCUCCGUUCGUUUUUAGAAGGAUAAAAACAGAUCUAGACGGUGGCAAUCCAAAAGUGGUUUGGGAUGGGAUAGAAAUAAGGCUUUUACAACUUCUCGCCGAGAGGAAUAAUUUUUCGAUCGAGAUUUCCGAACCCCAGGAGCCUCAUUUAGGUGCUGGUGAUGCAGUCGCGAAGGAAGUGACCAUGGGUCGUGCUGACGUUGGUGUGGCGGGAAUGUAUUUAACAAGUGACAGGAUCAGAGAUAUGGAUAUGUCGUUUUCACAUUCCCACGACUGUGCUGUCUUUAUCACAUUGAUGUCCACAGCUCUACCACGAUACCGCGCCAUCCUUGGUCCAUUUCAUUGGCACGUCUGGGUGGCUUUGACAUUUACUUACCUAAUAGGAAUAUUUCCCCUGGCCUUCUCUGAUAAACAUACGCUUAAGCACUUGUUACAUAAUAGUGGGGAAAUUGAAAAUAUGUUUUGGUAUGUCUUUGGAACGUUCACCAAUUGCUUUACUUUUGCCGGGAAAAAUUCUUGGAGCAAAACCAAUAAAAUUACCACUAGGAUCUUAAUAGGGUGGUACUGGCUUUUCACAAUAAUAAUUACGAGUUGUUAUACUGGCUCUAUAAUAGCUUUUGUGACUUUACCUAUUUAUCCUGAGACUGUUGAUACGAUAGAUGAGCUUCUGAGAGGAUUUUAUCGUAUUGGAACACUAGACCGCGGUGGAUGGGAAAGGUGGUUUCUAAAUUCCUCGGAUGCGAAAACGAAUAAACUCUUUAAAAAGAUAGAAUUUGUCUCUAAUGUUGGAUUUGGCAUAAGGAAUACAACUAAAGCAUUCUUCUGGCCUUAUGCAUUUUUGGGUUCGCAAGCCGAACUGGAAUACAUUGUUCAAGCAAAUUUUACAAAGACGAAAUCAAAACGGUCGGUAUUGCAUAUAUCCAAUGAAUGUUUCGUACCAUUUGGCGUGUCCAUGAGUUUCCCGAAUAGCUCUUUAUAUUCUGCCAAAUUAAGCGCAGAUUUAAGAAGAAUGUACCAAACUGGAAUUGUGGAUAAGAUAGUAGAUGAAGUGCGCUGGGAGAUACAACGAAGUAGCACUGGUAAACUAUUAUCACCUAUUAAUGUACCCACUGCUGGGGCACAGGCCUUCCCUAUGGAUGAAAUAGGGAGAUUGGGCCAUGACCUACCACGCGGGCCCAGUGCGGAUUGGUGGGUGCUAACGACUGCAGAUGCAACCGGGACCAACGGCUUAACGUGCCUUCCGAAGCACGGAGGGGCUCGAGAUAGUAAAUUUUUGGUCACCCAUCCAAUGACCAACCACUGCGAAAGUUGCUUAAGUUUAACGAUCGCAGCCGAACACGCUAACCAGUAG